AUGGUAGUUCUUUCAGUGAUGCCAAUGCACAAUGAUCAUCAUCAUAACAAUAUUGUUCCAGUUCCAAUCAUAGACAUGUCAAGUAGAAGAGACAUGAAGGUUGAGCUCAUUCUCAAGGCAUGUGAGGACUUUGGUUUUUUCCAAGUUAUCAAUCAUGGCAUUCCUGACAAGGUUAUUGCAAGAAUGGAGAAGUUUGGAAUGGACUUCUUCUCUUUGCCGGCUUCUGAAAAACUUCUCGCCGGACCGGCUAACCCUUUCGGUUAUGGAACUAAGAGUAUUGGUUCCAGUGGUGAUACCGGUGAUCUAGAAUAUCUUCUUCUUCAUUCCAAUCCAAUGUUUGUUUCUCAAAGAGCUCGGACAAUAUCACCAAAUAAUUCAAAAGAGUUCAGCUAUGUGGUGAAUGAGUAUGUUGGGGAAGUGAGGGAGCUUGCAUGUGAGAUAUUGGACCUAAUUGCUCAAGGUUUGGGUCUCAAGGACUGUGGGGUCUUCUCUACCAUGAUAAGGGACAUUGACUCUGAUUCUUUGCUUAGACUCAAUCACUACCCUCCAUCUCCAUCUCAAUCUCCAUCUCCAUCUCCAUUUUCAUGCAAGAGUACUAGUACAACAAACACAACCAAGAUUAGAUUUGGUGAGCACUCUGAUCCACAGAUCAUCACCAUUCUUCACUCCAACAAUGUCGCCGGUUUGCAGAUACUUUCCCCUUCAUCUGCCGGCUCUUUAUGGAUCCCAAUCAUGCCUAAUCCUGCUGCAUUCUGCGUCAAUGUCGGCGAUGUUCUUCAGGCGAUGACGAAUGGGAGGUUGGUGAGUGUGAGGCAUAGAGUUAUGGGUAAUAAAUCUAAUGGAGCAAGGAUGUCUACUGCCUUCUUUGGAUCACCACCUUUGCAUGCAUGGAUCUCUCCAAUGCCUGAAACUAUCACAAGGUUUAGACCUUGUUGUUAUAAGUCCUUCACUUGGAGUGAGUUCAAGAAUGUCAUGUACUCUCUUAGGCUUGGACAUGACAGGCUUGAUCUCUUUCGUUUAGAUUAUAACAUUCAUCAUGAUGAUGAUGAUCAGGAGGAAUAUUAUUCGUGUGAAUGAAUGUUUUUUUUUUUUCAA